CCUCGGAAACAUAUCAUUACCAAUUUGUUUGCGACCGGGCAGUGCUGCUCCCUGGGAGUAAAAUACAGCCUUGGUCUGGAGGCAGGAGGCAAGGCUGGAAAUAGCACACGGAGCCAAGACGUGCAUUUACUGUCUCUGGGAGCAUGUGGAAGAGAUUUUCCCCUGCCAGGUCUCCACCACAAGCAUCACUAUUAGAGCGCAGGGUGGAGACUGGGAAAACAUGCCCCUGUGAACAUACUGUUCCUGCCACAUCAUUUGAGAGCUGAAAACAGAGGCCUUUCAUUAUCAGCACAGAGGAGAGGAACCUUCUGUGCCAUACAGGAGGGCGUCUUGGCAGGAAGUCAGUUGUUAGUGGGUAGUUGUGGGCACUCAUGGCAUCAGAAGACCACCAAGAAAUUAAGGACCCCGCAGACGCUUCCAGAACAGAUGGAGCUCCAUCCCCUGGCACAUCUUGCCCCGUGCACAGCCACAAUGCUGAAGAGGCGAAGCGGAACGGCUUGAGGAAAGGACUGGUCAGACACCGAGACUAUGUCAAAAUUUCUGUGCCUGAAGGAAAGGUCAACCGAUUGCCGUCAGAAUGGUGGAAGACGUUCAUCGCUUUGUUUUAUGCCAUUUUGAACCUGGUUUUGACCACGGUUAUGAUCACUGUGGUUCAUGAGAGAGUACCACCCAAGGAGAACAGCCCACCCCUGCCGGAUAAGUUCUUUGACUAUAUAGACCGCGUGCAGUGGGCGUUUACUGUGACCGAGGUCAAUGGAAUGGUUCUGGUGUCUGUAUGGUCCAUUCAGUUGCUCUUUCACAGAUACAAGGCAAUUGUAGGAAGACGAUAUUUCUUCCUUCUGGGCACAUUGUACAUGUAUAGAUGCAUAACCAUGUACGUCACCACUCUACCCGUGCCUGGCAUGCACAUGGUUUGCGCCCCAAAGCUCUACGGAGAUUCGCAAGCGAAGCUGCAGCGUGUUCUGCAGUUGCUCUCUGGUGGUGGAUUAUCAAUCACUGGUUCCCAUCUGCUGUGUGGAGACUUCCUGUACAGCGGACACACUGUCAUCCUCACGCUCACGUACCUCUUCCUCAAGGAGUAUUCUCCUCGUUCUUUCUGGUGGUACCAUCUCAUGUGUUGGUUAACGGCCGCUGUGGGAGUUGUGUGUAUCCUGGUGGCUCAUGAACACUACAGCGUGGACGUGGUGGUGGCAUAUUUCAUCACCACACGACUGUUCUACUGGUAUCACACUAUGGCUAAUCUGCAGACUUUAAAGUGUUCUCCGAACAACUACCUCACUCACACCUGGUGGAACCCCGUGUUUAACUUCUUCGAGAGGAACAUCCAGACCCAAGUGCCCUGUUCUUUCUGCUGGCCGAUCACAUGGCCCCCUGCCUGCCUGAAGAACCCCUGUAAGAAAUAUUCCAUGGUGCAGAGCAGCCGAGAGGAGUGAUGUGAUUCGUCACAACGCUUCGGCCACCACGUGGAAAUGCUUUGUUUCUGGCUUGUGGCUAUCUCAGUGUUUACACCAUACCAAAGACCAAAGACUGUUCGGCUUCUGUUUAUAUUAAUUACAUCUCAUUUAACAAAGAGCCAAAUAGUUCAUGAAGACCAAAAAUUGUAAACCUCAAUAAUCAUUGAAAAGUCAUUGUUGACUUUUUUUUUCUUUUCUUUUUUUUUUUAACAUUUAUUUACAUUCCUUCAUUGUGGCCAUUUAAAUAAGCAAUUUUGACAGUAUUUUAAAUGGCUUACUGGUUGUAAAAUGGUGGAUUUUUGGAAAAUCUCUAUCAAAACAAAUCUAUCAGUUUUUGCAUGCUUCUUAGUUGUCAUAUUUUCCUCUUGUUUUUUCCACCUUGUAUUUAAUUGUUAUUUAAAACAUGUUUUUCAUAAUGUUGACAAACAUGUUUGUCACUUUAAACUGGGUUUUAUUAAUUUUAUACACUAUUUUAUAUUAAAAAUGCAUGCAUUCAGUUUUAUUUUGGUUCAUUUUAUGCUUAUAUAUUAUAAAAUAUAUUUUCUACGUUUUAUGAAAAUAAAUGGUC